GUAACACGGAGGAUAUCAUCGGGGAAUGUAUCUCCCAACACCAAAAAAUAAAAAGAACAAUUUGCCCUCUGGAUUAAAAAGCUCCCAUCUCCACCCACAACCUCGAGUACCACCACAUCGACACUCCCCACGAGGGUUUCGAGAAUCCAGCAUAAGGUCCAGCAGUGGUCGGAGACCGUCUCUUGGGUGCCUACAUAACACAUCUUCAGCCGUCCUCAGUCAGUCAAUCAGAAAAUACCGAUCGGUGACCACAACAGGAUAUGGCUUUACCUCUCUAUGUGCCCUUCGGGUACAUCACAUUCUUGGUCGGCUUGCUAUGGUUAUUUUCUCGUCAUUAUCGAAGUCGAGCACUGCGUCGGAAACCUCCUCCGCCUUGGUUUCCUGACCCUCAUACCGCAAGAGAUGUCUACAUCAGCUUGUUGAGUAUGGACCCUCCUCCAUCUCAAUCGGUCUUAGUAGCUGCGUUACUGGCCCGAGCGAUGACGGAUGUGAAGCGAAUCAUGUCACUAAAGGAAGCGAAACAAGCGAUGACGAAUCUGCUCCAGAAGGGUCAAGUGGGCGAUGAGCUGUGGGAGCGUCUGUUGAUGGCCGAGAAGGAGCUGGAUGUCGAGCUGUCUGAGGUCGUCGCUGAGGCCGAAGAAUACUCUCAGGGCUGGGGCGGCGCGAUCUUCUCGAUCGCUUCGGAGGCUUUGCAGGCUACUAUGUCUCAAGAAAUCUAUAAGGAUAUUCCUAAACAACGUACUCUCAAAACUGCUGAAAUCGCAGCUGCACGAGCAUUUGCACCGAACCCAGGAGAGCUCCGAAUCCUAGGCUCGAAGCCAGCAGUCCCCGCGGCCCAAGCGACACCGAAGCCAGCCUCGUCGACUGCCCCGCCCUCGCAAGCCAAACUGGCGAUGCUCGAGAACAUCCGGGCGGCCCAAGCCAAGCUCAAAUCAGAGCAAGAGAAGAAGCCGACCACGCCUCCUCCUGCGUCCUCCUCCUCUUCCCCCCCGACGGGCUCCAAAGCUCACUCCCCCGGAUCCUCCAGAGGCGAUCAGUCCGAUAGCGAUAAUGAGGGGUCCACUAGUCUGCUCAAGUCUGGUCCACCUUCCGCUUCAAAGAAAAAGAAACCUAAAAAGAAAAAGAAAAAUUGAGCCUCAUUUGCCCCGUGCGGAUCUAUCCACUCAGAUAGAGCUUGUGGUUUCUUUUUCUUCCUUCCUUGUUUGAUUCUCUCUUAAAUACGGUAGUCCCACUGGAUGACAAAGAAGAGAAGAGUAGUAUGUUACUCUACUGCAACCAAACGCAAUGCUUUUUUCUCUUCUUCCUUUUUUUGUUAUUUGUUUUGAUAGAAUUGAAAAAUUUCUUGAGAGAUACAGAUCUUUUCUAUGAAUAUAUACACACUUU